UUACCCAAUUGUGGUUUAUGUUUCGUCCCCUUCGCGACUUCUAUCCUUGCCUUCCUCAUUUCGAUUGAACCUUUUCCGCGUUUGCUUCUUAUUUUUCGUUGAACUUCCGCACAGUUGUUAACGAGCGGAAAGAAACUACAUCAUGGCCACUGUGCUCAGCAUUUUCAUCCCCAAUUAGGCACAUAUAACGGUUUACACAUUUUUGUAGGAAGACGCUUUUGUUUCCUUUUUUACGAGCAAACACUAUAAUUAGCAAAAUGCAUGAACGUUCAGGCAAAAAAUCAACAUUGUCGGAUUAUGAGCUUCAGCUAGCCAAAGCGGAAAUGAUGAUGACCAAACUGGAAAAGCUGGAAAUUGAGUCUUAUGGCGAAUUGAAAAAGGCUAAAUGUGGAUAUGCAUUGGAAAAUCAUCAAGGAAAUGUAGAGAGCGACUUCUUUGCAGAGUUUUCCAAAAUGGGGAGAGGCACCAAAAGAAAAUGGAGGUCUUUCCUCAUGGCGAAAUAAAGUUGAACAUCUCGAACGGAUGCAUUAUCUGUGAGGCCCCGAUGGACACCAAGGCUUGUAUGAAUUUUUUUUAUUUUUUAACCCUGCGUUAUUUUCUUUAUAUAUGUGUGCACCAUUCUUCACCAACGCAAGCUCACUUAAAGAGAGUAAUUUUGCC